GCCCAUGACAUCAAGACUAUACAAGCAUUGAAAAUCUUGGCAUAUCUUGCACUAAACUGUCGCAUAUCACUGGUUGAAGUCGUGAAACACAGCAACGAAAGAGCAUACCACAGACAUAUUCAUCAUCAUGAAGUUCUCGGCAUUCACAACCAUCCUCGCCACCGCGGGCUCUGUUUCAGCAGCAGCAAUCAAAGGCCGAGACGACAAGAGCGAUGCACAACGCGACUACGACCUGCAAACAGAGGACCUCAAGCAGAGCGGACUCUGCCGCUUCUACAAAGGCGACCAGCCAGAGUACUCCAAGUACCAGGACUUGUGCGAGCCCAAGUGUGGUGAGGCGAGGAAGCUCGCCAUUGAUGACGGCAAGACGUUUAGCGUCAGCUGUUCCGCCAGCCAGGCCACGGCGGUUCCGUGGUUUCAAGAUCCCCAGGGAAACGGAGAGUUCACGCUAGGUCAGUGUUUAUGUAACCUGCCGAUCGUCAACUUCGUCGGCGAGACCUUUGUCGCUUCACUGCCUGCGCUGGGCCAGGUCGUUUGCUCCGUUUGGAAGCUGGCUACCGUGGACGCUGCUAAGCUUCUUGCCGGGACGCUUAGCACUGGGGGUGCCGGCACGGCCACGCAGACAUUAUUGAAGGUCGCCAAGAUGUUGGCGAAGCAGGGCAAAGGUGCCUCUGAGUAUGAGGAAUAUGUUAAAAAGCACUUAGCAGCGGGCGAUUCUUGCAGUUUCAACAUUAAACAGAUGUUCGAGGACGCGCUGAAGAUCUCCGACGAAGAUCUUGCCAAUGUCGGCGGUGCUUAGAGUCUGUAAAGUUGUAUUUAAGCCUUGUUUGGAUACGGGUCAAAUUGUGUUAUGAGUACGAGUAGAUGUACACUACGUUAUAGACAAUGGGAAGCGGAUAUGGUCCCGUGGGCCGGUCUGCGCAGGACAGCCGAAG